CCAGCAGCCUCUGGGGGAGCACCCAGCGGCUUGUUCCGGGGCUGGGUGCUGGAGGUGCCCGGAUCCUCCCGGCACCCUUCUGGGUGUCUGGUGCCCCACAGUUUCCCCCUAGGUGCUGUGGAGCCCCCCCGGCAGCGAUGGAGCUCCCCUGGCUGAAGCUCCUGGCCCAGCCCUGCCGCCUCCUGCUCCACGCGCUGGCCUCUGGCCCCUCCGGGAUGCUGGCCGCCCUCCGCGUGCUGCAGCGGGUCCAGACCCGUGAGGAACCCAGGGGGUUCCCCUGGCAAGGCUUCACGGCCGCCCUGUGCAUGGAGGAGCCCACGCUGGAGGGGCCGGAGGAGGCCCUGGCUGUCAAACCACGGCUGCUGCUGCUCCCUGUCGUGUGCCAGAGAAACCUCUUCUCCCUGCUGCAGGCGGUGGCAGCGGUGGUGCCAGCGGACUGUGUCCGCCAGCUGCUGCGGGCUGCGAGGGGGGACCCCAGCCCGGACCCCUGGGUGCAGGCACUGGGGGACCUGCUGCAGCGGGGGCUGCGGGGCGAGGAGAGCUCCCCUCCGCCCCCUGCCCUGACGGCCGCCUGCCGGCAGCAGCUCAGGUGCCUGUGCCGAAAAAUCGCCCAGAGCAAACCAGAGGGGCGAAGAAAACUGAACUGGUGCUCCAGCGAGCAGCUUGGUGCCGCAGGGGACGCGGCUGGCUCCGUGCUCCCAGGUGGGAAGCGCAAAAAAGUGUCCGAGGAGAGUCUGGAGCUGGAUGAAGAGAGAGGAGGGAAGAGGGUGCUGCUGGAGGAGGUGGUGUUUGACCUGCCGGGAAGCCAGGAUGGAGAAGAUGAAGCAGGGGUGGAAGAGAUGCCUGGGGAGACUGCGGGGGACAGAUCUGCUCAGAGCAUGGCUGGGGCGGCUCCUGAAAGCUCCCAGCAGGAUGCAGCUGGGGAGCCUGGCAGGGUUUCUCAGACAGAGGUGGCAGCUGAGGUCCAGUCCUUUAUCCAGAUGCACGGACCAAGGCUGAAAAUGCUGCUGCUGCAAGAGUCCAAUUGCUCAGAGCUGAGCAUCCCACCCGAGCUGCGUGUCCUCAGCAACUGCUCUGCUAGCCAGCUCGAGGGGUUGUGCUCCUUCCUCCAGCUUUCCACGUGCCCAGAGCAGCUUCUGGUGCGGUUCUGCAGCUGGCUGCUGGCUCUCACACCCGACCUCAGCUACGCCAGCGCAGCCAUCCUGGCUGAGCAGCUCUUCCUCAAGCGAGUCCUGUCCCUCUCGCAGCCGCCCUCCCGCCACCUCAUGGCUGCCCUCACCUCGUUCUGCUCCAAGUACUCCCAGCCUUUCUGUCAGGUCCUGGUGGCUCCAGUCCUACAGGAGCCAGGGGAAGGUGCUGAACAGACCAAGCUGGUGUGUGAGCUUGUGGAGGAGUGCCUGGAGCCUGACUAUGUGAGACUUGUGUUGAGCCAGGUCCUGGAGGUUCCUCUGUCGGAGAGGCUGCUGCCGGUGGUGCUGGCCGUGCUGGGGAGGCAGGAGGCGCUGCCCCCUGAGCUCUUCGACCUCCUGGUGCUGAUGCUGUGCCGGCAGGCCCCGGCCUUCGCCACGUCUCUGAGUUAUGCCAAGCUGGUGACGGCUGUGCUCACCAUGUACCAAAGUCACACCAGCCCACCGGAGCCGCCUGGCAGCUGCUCUGGAUGGGAGCAAUGCGGCCCUGAAGAAAUCUCUGCAGGCCAUGCUGGAAGGAGUGCCUGCCAGGUGAGCACCGAGGGAGCUGCUGAUGGUUUCCUCGGAUGGAGGAUGCUUGCAUGUCGCUCACCAGCAUGCCAGGAACCCAAUGAGUGGCUCAAAAAGCAGGGGGAGGCUGCAGGUGUGCCUCUGCCCGGGGCUUUGUGUGGUGCUGUGCGUUCAGCUGGCCUGCUGCAGGCUGGGGAGCAGCAGGCAGAGCCGGCCGGGCUCCCCGCGUCUCCGGAUGAAGGGAGGAUGAGCAGUCCCCAGGGGCACCCGGACGGGGUCGUGGCCGGGAGCGAGCAGAGCGUGGAGCGUGUCAGCGAGGAGCCGGGCAAGGACAGGCAGGAGCUGGCCGUGCGCACCAGGGACAGUGACGGGACCGAGGAAGAUGCAGAAACCCUGGAGGAGCCGCUGCUGAGCUUCCCCGGUGAGCUCUCGGUGCUGGAGAGACUGGGCCUGCAGAGCGUGGCUCUGACGGAGCAGGACGUGGAGGCAGCCUUUGCCCACCUUGCCCUGGCUUUUCGCUGCGACGUCUUCACCCUGCGGCAACGGGUGCAGGUGGAGAAGCGGGCACGGGACGCGGCGGAGGAAAAUAUCCAGGAGGAGCUGGGGCAGUGCCGGGCUGCCCUGGAGAGGCUGGGCGCAUCCUGCGCGGACGCGGGCUGCAAGGAGACGCUGGAGCAGCUGCAGCACAGCCUGGCCGUGCUGGCGGCCGCCGUGGAGCGGGCAACGAGUGCUGCGGAGAAGCUGGGGGCCGUUCAUCAGGAGGCCCGGAUGAGCCGAGCGGCGGAGGUGAUGGUCCAGCACGUGGAGAACCUGAAGCGGCACCACCUGCGGGAGCACGCCGAGCUGGAGGAGAUGAAGCGCCUGAUCCAGCAAAACUCCCGCAACCGGCAGCUGGCCGAGACCCAGGAUGACGCGGAGCCACGGCUGAGGCCUCACCCCCUGAUGCGAUCCUUCCAGCAGGCGUCUGCCCGUCGCAGAGUCAGCAUCGCCGUCAUCCCCAAGCAGCUCUUGCCAGGUGCCAGCACGGACGGCCGAGCCUCCCCCGCCAGCGAGCCGGAGGGGCCCCAGCACCCGGCCAGCACCCAGAGGAGCGAGCUGGAGCCACUGGGCCAGGGCAGCGCCGUGAGCGGGGAGCCAGCGGCUGGGGCAGACGGCAAGGACACGAGCGCAGGGGGCGAGGAGCCAGAGCAGCUCGGGCUGAUGUCCAAGGGGUCCCCGGCGGAGCUGUGGCGGCCGUGGCUCUUCCUCCCGCAGCACUACUGGGUUUUGUUCUGGCUGCUCCUCCUGAGCGUCGCCUUCCUCCUCCUCCUCCGCGUCCUGGAGCUGCAGCGGCUGCAGCCCGCGCCAUCGCCCAAGGCCUAG